AUCUUGUCUCUCGCUCCUAAAAAUUUAAUUCAAUUCAAUUCCACUACAACCCUAAACCGUAGCAUAACACCAUCACGACAAAAAUAAUCAACCACCGUUUUUUUCUGCAUAAUUCCUCACUCUCUCACUUUCUCAGGUAGCUACUGCUUCCGUCGAAGAGAUGGGGAAGAAAAACAAAACGGCGAAGGAAAAUGGCGGCGACGGCGGAACUGUAAAACAGAGUUCUUUAACUCUUUUUGUCUCCAAUUUGCCCUAUUCCUUUUCCAACUCUCAGCUUGAAGAAACUUUCAGUGAAGUUGGACCUGUUAGGCGUUGCUUCAUGGUCACACAGAAGGGGUCUGCUCAACAUCGUGGUUUCGGUUAUGUUCAAUUUGCUGUUGAGGCUGAUGCUAACCGUGCCAUUGAGCUGAAGAACAACUCAUCGGUUGGUGGCCGAAAAGUUACAGUGAAGCAUGCAAUGCCUCGUCCUCCUCGUGAAGACCGAAGGUCAAAACCAGAUCAAGAGGGCAAGGCAGAUGAUCUCACAGAGUCAAAGAAUGAAGAUAAAGACAGCGAAUUAUCUGGAGCCGAGAAGCCUGUUUCAGAUUCAAAAGAAGAAGAAGUGAAAGUUUUGAAUAUACAAAAAAUUUCAAGGAAGCCUACGGAAAUAAAAAAAGCAGCUCUUUGUAAUGAUGUAGCAGAUGAGGGGGGUGGCUCAGAAAAGCAGAAGGUUGCUAGAACUGUUAUAUUUGGUGGUCUGAUCAAUUCUGAUAUGGCUGAUGAUGUACACCGCCAAGCCAGAGAUAUUGGCACUGUGUGUUCUGUAAAGUAUCCCCUUUCAAGGAAUGAUCUUCAGCAACAUGGUCUGCUGCAAGAUGGCUGUACAUUGGAUGCUUCAGCCGUACUUUAUACGAGUGUAAAAUCCGCUCGUGCUUCUGUUGCAACAUUGCAUAAAAAAGAGAUAGGUGGGGGGACUGUUUGGGCACGCCAACUUGGUGGAGAGGGCGCCAAGACUCAGAAAUGGAAGCUUAUUGUCAGAAACCUUCCUUUCAAGGCCAAAGAAAAUGAAAUAAGAGAUGUGUUUUCAUCUGUGGGGCCCGUAUGGGAUGCAUUCAUUCCACACAAGUCCGACACAGGUCUUUCAAAGGGUUUUGCAUUUGUAAAAUUCACCAGCAAGCAAGAUGCUGAAAGUGCUAUUCGGAAACUCAAUGGAUCAAAGUUUGGGACUCGUCUCAUAGCUGUUGACUGGGCUGUUCCAAAAAAGAUAUUUAAUAAUGAUACCAAUGAUGAUCUUGCUUCAGAGAAAGGAGAACCAAAAAUAACAGAUGAAGAUGGUAGUACUACUGAGGAUGAUGUCGAGCAUGUUGACAAACAAUCUGAUCAUGGAGAUGAUAGUGAUACUGAUGGUGUUGUGGUGGAAGAUGUUCCUUCUGAAGAUGAUUUUGACAAGGAAGCAGACAUUGCAAGAAAGGUUCUGAACAACUUGAUUACAUCCUCUGCCAAAGACACAUCUGUAAAUAAUGAUUCUACGUGUUCUGAUGCGAACAAGGAGCCAAAAUCCAAAGAAACUGUUAAGGAUGCAAAUAGUAAAGCAUCUAAGGAGUCUGACAAGGUUUCAGGUGUUUCUAAGCCUGAAACUUCCAGCAGAACCAAUUUAUCAAAUCCUAAGGAAACAGAAGAGGAUUUGCAAAGAACGGUUUUUAUAAGUAAUCUUCCCUUUGAGUGUGAUGCUGAAGAAGUGAAGCAACGGUUUUCUGGAUUUGGAGAAGUAGAAUAUUUUGUUCCCGUUCUCCACCAAGUGACCAAGCGACCACGAGGAACUGGUUUUCUUAAGUUUAAAACUGCAGAAGCAGCUGAUACUGCAGUCUCGACUGCCGGUACUGCUUCUGGGAUGGGUAUUUUAGUAAAAGGUAGACCACUUAAAGUUUUAAAGGCUCUGGACAGGAAAUCAGCUCAUGACAAAGAACUGGAGAAUGCAAAAAGUGAGGUUCAUGACCACCGCAAUCUUUACUUGGCAAAGGAGGGGCUUAUUCUUGACGGGACUCCAGCUGCUGAAGGGGUUUCAGCCAGUGAUAUGUUAAAACGCAAAGAUUUGGAAAGGAAAAAGAAGACAAAGCUUCAAUCUCCAAAUUUUCAUGUUUCAAGAACUAGACUUGUUAUCUACAAUUUACCGAAGUCAAUGACUGAAAAAGAACUAAAGAAGCUUUGCAUUAAUGCAGUCAUCUCUAGAGCUACCAAGCAAAAACCUAUAAUUCGACAGUUAAAGCUUUUGAAAGAUGGAAGGAAAGGAAAGGUUACUCAAGAACAAUAUUCCCGUGGAGUCGCCUUUCUUGAAUUUUCAGAACAUCAGCAUGCCCUUGUUGCUUUGAGAGUUCUUAACAAUAAUCCUGAAACUUUUGGUCCUGAACAUCGGCCGAUAGUGGAGUUUGCUCUGGAUAAUGUUCAAACAUUGAAACUUCGGAAUGCAAGGCUACAGUCUCAGCAGCAGGCUCCUUAUGAUGACAACAAUGGCAACGAAAAUGACAAACCUGACAAUGCAGAAGUUCACACACAUGUAAAGGAUAGAAAGCGAAAAUCUCAAGAACAUGACAAACCGGCAAAGGAUUCGACGCAAAAUUCUUAUAGUGAACAAGGUGGUAAGGUGUCAAACGGAAAAUCUCCUCAAGGAGGCAAAUCCAAAAGACAGAAACCAAAUACUGGAGUGUUAUCCUUGAAAGAAAGUCCAAAAGCUUUGGUCAGGAAGGUAAAGAAUAACCAAGAUGGCCAGAAUCACAGUGCUAAAUUACAUGAAGGUAGAAAUACCGUCAUUGACAGUAAUAAUAGGAAAAAAUCAGGGAAGAAAGAUGAUGUGGUAAAUGGAAAGAGGAAGAUGCAAAACCAGGAACAAGCAGGGGAAAAGGUUUCUAGGAAAAGAACUAAGAAGAAUAAAGAUUCAGUAGGAAAGGAAACAGUAGAUAAGCUUGACAUGCUUAUAGAACAAUAUAGAUCCAAGUUCUCAAACAACAAAGGUUCCCAAGGAAAUGAAGGUGAGAGGAAAUCUAAACAGCUUAGAAAAUGGUUCCAAUCAUAGUUUAUCUAUUUGUUCUGAAAAUGAGUUUUGACACAUGGUUCUUUACCCAACUUCUCUUGAACCUUUGACUAGUUCUAAAUUUUUUGGUCUGUAUUUUAUUUAUAAUGUAAAAUAUUUAACAUUUUUGUCGUAGCAUGUUAUGCCUGAGUUUGGCACGGAUACCAAUGCAAUUGUGCCAAAUAUUGGAACCAUUUGUGUUGGAUUA